AUGGAUACCGGAAAUCACGAUAAUGAAAUGGAUCCCAGUAAUGUAUGUUGUUCUUCAAUUUUUUUUUAACUUACACGUCUUAUAAUGAAUAUUUUCAACUGGUUUUAAUGUAUUUAUUUUAUUACAGAUAUCUCUAAACUUUUUCACUGAGACCGGUUACAAUCCAGUCUCGAUAAAUACCGGCAGUCAUGAUUCCAAUGAUUCUACUCCAAUUCCAUCAGUCGGACCCUCAGAACCAAGUUUGGCUAGUCCUUUCCCAGAAGAUGAAUCAAAAAGAGAUGCCAAGAAGGGGCUGUUCACUGGAUAUGUGACUGGAAAAGCAAUGGAAGUCGCAAAAAGAAGGAAUCUGAUCGAGAGAAUUGAAAGAGCCAGAGAACUUGGUCUCCUAAAUGUAUCCAUUCCACAAUUGAGUGAGCUGAGUAUGACACAACUGAGCAUGUUUCUCAGAAGAUUGUUCAAGAUGACCCCUGGGUUGAGGGAUUUUGUGAGCGAUGAAGUGGUCCAAACAAUAUUCGAAGACUUUGAACCCAGGUCUUCGUCUGCAAUGGGAGCUGCUGAUGAUGUUCCGAACGAAGAUUUCUUGAACGUGCCUACUGUUUAUGAAUCUGGCGCGGAAACAGAGCCAGAAUAUGAAUAUCACAACGGGUCUGAUGAGGAGAAUAGUGGUGUCAACAAGGCUGAAUUGCCUGUUUCGUAAGUAUAAGAUUAUUUUAAAGCAUUUUUUAGUCAGUCGAUUCAGCCUGCUUACUAUCGCAUCCGGCGACGAAUCAUGGAAGCUGAUAAUUGCAUAGCACUUCAGAUUCGGAAAGUAAUUGAAAAACGAGAUCGUUUUUUGGUAGGUGUAUUUUUUGCUGACUCUCAUUGUUUAGACAAAUAUAUGCGAUAUGGAUUCUUUUGAAUUUGAGUUGCCAAAGCAAACAGGUGAUGCAGAACAAGAUUCCCAGACUUGUCUACGUUGUCGGCCACUCAUCAAAAGAGUUAAGAGAAAGUUGAGCAAGACCAUAUUCCCGACGUAUGUUUCAGUUCUAGCCCAUUAUUGACUUGAUUUUAGCAAUCGGCAAAGUGCUCCAAGCCCUACGCGUUUUGAAGAUAAUUUGGAAAAAGUCUGCUCUUUCGAUUUUAAUGAUACCAGAAUUAGAAAUGUGACUACAAUGACCAGUAAGUCGGUUUGCAAUUUUUUUAUUUUUUAUCUAGGAUUGAACAGUGAAGCGAUGAUCGAAGAUUACCUGCACAACAUGGGUAACAUUCCUCUUUAUGUUCCUGUGAAAAGUCAGACUGCGUACAACAACAAGGGAAAAACGGAUAAAGAAUACUAUGGAUUCGUGUCAGAUAUCAAAAAAGAAUUAACUGGGUAUCCUCAUGUACUUCCACCUGUACAAUCAUCUGGCAAAAAAAGAAAAGCUGUACCUGUUUUAGUAGAUAAUAAUGGAUCAGAUGAUGAAGAAGAAUCUAACCACAGUGAAGGACUCCUGUUGCGAGUCAAGAAUAAGCAAGAUUUGAAAGCGCUGAAAAGGAAACAGACGGGGAACACUGCAAACACGGCAAAGACGAAGGUAGCUAUCAAUGAUAUAAGUUAUUUUCGUUUAGAAAGUUGAACCCAUGGUGGACACCAGAAAAGUGUCGCCUUUGAAGAUCAGACGUCCCUUGGUCCCUGAGCCCCAUCCAGCAAGCACUUAUUAUACAUCUCAUCAUCAAUACUCGAUUCCAUCAACUUCCCUUCAAUGCCAGACAGAAGCUACAAAAUAUACAGAAAGACAGAGUACAUACAGUUCCGACAUAACUGCGACCAGUGAAUUGGAGGGACUUUUCACUUCUGAUCAACCCCAAAUUCAGAAAUCAUAUUCACAUGCUGACGUCCAGAAUAAUCCUGCGACAUUACAGGAGUACCCUGAUCAGAUCAAUUACGGAAUGGAAGAUUCUGAUCUAUCUUUGGAAUUAAAAACAUCUGGAAUGGAUGAACAUCCAGCUGAUGAGUCGAAAUCCACUUCCAGUUCAUCAUCCAGCACCAGUUCAUCUUCUUCAUCAUCCAAAAGUUCGAGUUCAUCGCCGGAACACAACACAACUCGGGAAGAAUCAAAUCUCAAUGAAACUAGGGGGACUCGGAGUUCAAGAGGUUCGGGAAGUUCGGACAGUUCUAGUUCAGAGUCAGGAGAUGAAUCGGAUAAAGAGGAUAAUGAUGAAGAAGAUGUGCUCCGAGAGAGUAGUGUCUCCUUGAAUAUCACUGGAAGCAGUGGCGAAAAGAAUGAAUCCAAGGAAACGGAUAGUAUUCUAGGACCAGAGACUAGCGGCCUUGAUGUGGUUUGCCAAGAAGAAAGUGAAGAUAAAAUGGAUGGUGGUGGACAGGUAACAAAUAACGCAGGAAAUGAAGCAAGAAACGUUGAGAGAGGGAUAGAGGUGGCACAGCAGAGUGAGGAGGAUGGUUACAAAUCUGAUGAUGAAGGAGAUAGUCAGGAGGAGAGGGACGAAGAUGGGGUAAAAAUUGAGGGCGCUUCUCAAGCUGAUGAUGAAGAGAAUGAAAAUGAGGAGAGUGAUCUUGAAAGGGAUGUUACGCCUCUUAAUGAUAAUGCCGAUGUGUCAAAUGCGGCCACGGAAUCAGCCCAAGAACAUUCGGAAAUUGGAGAUGUCAGUCAACUGGAGGAUGUUGAAUUAAGAGCAAAUCUGGGGUAUAACGCAUCUGAGGGUAAUGAAGAUGAAUUUGGUGAAUCUUUGGUGGAAGAAGAACUAGACGGUGUUGAUGGAAAUGGAGAAGAAAGUAAUGUAGAGACGAGGGAUACUGACGAAAAAGAAGAUCCAGUCUCUGAAGAAUGA